CAGCUGGGUGAGCAAAAGCUGCACAGAAUCGGCGGUGGGAGAGAACAGACGCGCACCCCGUCCUUUAAACCGAGACUAAACACGCACACCGCCGAGGAUUGCGAGACCGGAGUGUAUAUCCAUAUAACAACUAAAAACAGCGGCGAUCUCAGUGCAACUACACGACAACUUUCAUGUAACCCUUGGACCAGGCGCCCCCAAUGGCCCGAGCACUGAAGGACGGAAUGCCGGAGAGGCGAGGAGGCGUUGCCGGGGGCAACCUGGUGAACUGCAGAGGAGGAGGGGGAGGAGGAGGAGGAGGGAACAGCUCAGGCACCUGCAGGAGCGUGGCAGUGAGAGUGGAAUCGCUUCGACGACGAAACAGUCACCCCUCAAUGAUGGGGUACCAGCAGUGCCGUCGCUCCCGGCAGACGCACAGCGGCCCCGACGAGAUGGGCACACAGCCCCCCCUCACCCACAGCCAGCACGGCACCCCCACGCCACUCUGCAGCAAUCAACACCACGGUGUGGAUGGUUUUUCUCCAGUCCAGCAGAGGAGCCCCAGCCCCAGCCAGAGGGAUGUGAACGCCCUGCCCGGCAUGCUGCAGAGGAACCAGCGCCCCCUGUCGGACACCCCCCGGAACUGCAGCCCCGCCUCCCGCGAUCAGGUAGAAGAGGAAUAUCUACCGGGAAUGGUUGCUGAGCAACUGAGAAUCAUCGGGGAUGAGAUGAAUAAGAUCUACCAGCAGAGGAGGAAUGAGGCACAGGACUGGCACCACUGGAGAGGCGUGUGGAGACGGCUGUACAACUUCAUCACAGAGACUCUGACUGCUGCCUACCUGCCUGGACUUCGAUAGACUGAGGGGACGGGGAGAGGGGACAGGGGGAGAGAGGGCAC